AUGGCUGUAGAUACCAGGCGCCAGGAGACAUCUUCGCUCCAUGCAAGAGGGGCCUGUAGAGAAAUCCCGAUGUCUCAUCAGAGCGUCUUAUCCUCAACUGGACGUCGGUCUUUCCUUGCCACACAGCAAGUCUCCCCUAACAUCUACUUUUUAUGCAUACACCCCCUCUUUCGCUAUCCCUCGCAUGCCAUCUUCAAUAUGGAAAGGUCGGUUGUACGCCCGUUGUUUUGCGACCUGACGACGACGUCAGCUGGUGGUGCUUUUGAUGCCUCCGCCAGCCAGAUCGGCAGUUGUGGCUUGGGCGUCGGGCGCGGUGUCGGCGGUGGCAACAGCCUCGAGGCCGCCUACGAGGCCUGGCUGGCGCAUGUUUCUCCGUCAGCUGUAUCUUGUUCCUCUUCGCAUUGCCUCGAGGCCAGGUCUGCUCUCGGCUCCGGCUCCACUUCUGGCUCCACUUCCGGUUCCUCGGGCGCCACACUCUCCGGUCCGACGCCGGGGACCGGUGGCGUGACGACGAGUCAGGGAAACGGAAUUCUGCUACACGCACUUAGCCCACAGAGCCAGGACCCUUCUGUAUAUUACUCCCGACUGACGGUUGCCAGUACUGCGGGUGGUGGUUCUUCGAGCAACGCUGGUCAGUCGUUUUCCAGAAUCACUCCGCCUACAACAUCCAUACUUCAGCCUCCUGGGGCUAUUCUCCAGCCCUCUCCCAGCGGUCUCGCCAACCAAUCAAGAUUGAACACACCAGGCUCAAGUCAGCCACCCAAUGAACCCCCUUCAUUUGUCCUAGAUGCUCCACUCUCUGGCUUUAUGCCCACGUCUGAAGCCGGUGGGCUAAACAUUUUCCUCGACCAUCAGCACCAGCAUCAGCAUCACAAUCAGUCUCCACAAUUAACUUUACAAGCCGCCAAUUUCCCUGUGCAGUCUCUCCCACGGGGCCAAAUAAUUUACCUUUUUCUCUUUAUUUUUAACAUUCCACCACCGUACACAGCCAACCUUCGCUCUUUGAGUCCGUCAAUUGGCUCUUCAAAGUCCUCGGUGUCUGGCCGCCCAGCCAAGGGUCAACUCACUUCUGGUGAGCAAGCUUUGAAGCCCGGCCACAAUCAUCCUCAGCACCACCACCACCACCACCACCAACAACAACAACACCACCAGCAGCAGCAACAACGCUCUCAGACUGGAGAACAAAUCAUAACACACUAUACAGGUCCCUCGUCUAUUCUCCUACCAAGUGGAUCUGUUGGCACCCCCGAAGAUGUCAGUCACAUCAGCAGUUCCGGGGCCCGCGGCCAAUUGGGUCUAUCUACGGAGACGCACCAGAUCCAUUCUUCUUCGUAUUCCCCCUGCUCAUCCUCAUCCUCUUCAUCCUCCUCGUCUUCUUCCUCGGCAUUCCUAUUCACAGAUCCUACCACGGCGGUUUCUUCUUGCUCCACGAACAACUUGAGCUGCAGUGCCACGCUCGACUUCAUGGUCAACGUGAAACAGGAGAAUCUGGAUGAAGACGAGGAGGAGGAUGAGGAAGAGGAGGAGGAAGAGGAAGAAGAAACAGGGGGGGAUGGGGAUGAGAACCUUAGUCAAGGAGACGUUCUCGACGGAGAUGACGAAGACGAAGAGGAGGACACAGGGGAAGGUGACAAGAGUGGCAGGGAGAACAGAACGAACCAACAUACAGGGUUGCCUCAAAACUUAAAAUCCUCCUUAGAAAGACAACGGCUAGAUGCGUCUACAGCCAGUCCUUUGCUCUCCAUCUCGACCGCACGGUCUAACCACUCGGAGACCGGCAGCGAGCUGGAGGCUUCGCGAACCCUCAAUGCGUCCAACAUGACAGCUCCGAGUCUGCUGACGUCAUUGCGUCUGCGGAUCAGACAGCGUGCUGAGCUAGGGACCACUGAAGGUCUUAGUCAACAACACCACAUGGAGGAAACCCAUGAAUGA